GUCUUCCAGGGUGUCCUUUGACACUGCCUCUCUGAUGUCUGAGCGUGUGGACGCAGAAAUCUCUAAGAGGUAUGACAUUGACAUGCGGGAGAUUGGCAUCGGCGGGUAUGGCAAGGUCUUUCUGGCGAAAGAUCGGAUGUUCAAAGAUCGGCAGGUCGCAAUCAAGAAGGUGACGAAGAUCGACGAAGAAAGAGAUUCUGCCUUCAAGAAAGAGGUGCUCAUCAUGAAGAAGCUUGAUCAUCCCAAUAUUUGCCGUCUUUUCGAGACUUACGAGCAGGGUCGUGUGAUGUACUUUGUCAUUGAGUUCUGUGAAGGUGGAGAUCUUUUCGACAGGUACUCGAACCAUGGGAAGCUACCAGAAACCACAGUGGCUCCCAUCAUCAAGCAGACAGCAACUUGGGACUCGGACGACGCGAUGGAUUCGGAUGACAGCGACCUCAAAGAGCUGUACGGCCACAAUGGUGUGCUUUUGACUGCGGGCAUCAUUGCGGCAGAUGUGAUUGGUGCCGGCAUCCUAGCCAUGCCAGCUGCCAUGGCAAACCUUGGACUCUAUGCAGGUACUGCAGCCCUCAUUGCACUUUUGCUUGCGAAUGUGCACGUGUCCAUGGUUAUGUGGAGGGUUCGAAUGAAUUGCCCGACGUGUGUGGGCGCCACCACCUACACUGCAUUAGUGCAGGGAGCUUUUGCAAAAGCCCCAGCCUGGCAACAAGAGAUAAUGAUUCACCUGACGAGCUUUUCUCAGAAAUCCUUCCUUUUUGGCAUGAUGGUUCUUUACCUUUUGAGUGCUGGGAAGGGCUUUGGCAUGAUCUUCCACCAUGUCCAUGUUUGCCUUCCGAACUGGAUGAUCUAUGCCGCUUUCUUGCUGUUUCCCUUUGCCGCCAGUGCCCGGCAUUUGGGCUCUUGGCAAUCCUUAGUUUGGAUCAACGUGGUUUCUUUGAUGGGCACGGUGCUCAUCCCCUUAUGCUUCUAUGCCCUUAAUGGCACUGAGAAGAUCCGAGUGCCCGGAAGUCAUGUGGAAGCCGUCAGCGAGCUGUCGCCGCGACAAAUUUUGAGCAGCUUAUCCACCUUUUUCUUUGGGAUGACUUCCCAGUUCAUGCUGUUGGAGAUCAUCGCCGAGAUGAAAGAUCCAAUGGAAUUGCCCAAGGCCUAUGCUGGCUACUUUGCCCCAUUCCAGCUGGUGAUGUUUUCAUUGGCAGGCAUUGCAGGCUAUUGGUACAUGGGCAACAAGGUGGGCGGGAUGAUGAAUGAGAACUUGCCGUUCGGCCCUUCUCUACAAGCUGCUGCAGGCUGCAUGCUCGUUCACAUGCUCAUCUCGUACUUGAUCAAAGGAGUGGUGGUGUGCAAGUCAAUCCACCGAGCAGUGGACAAAAGAUAUGCUCACGGGAGCGACACCCGUCCAAGAUCUUGGAUGGCUUCUUGA